UAGCGAGGUGACAGAGCGGAGAGAGAGCGGGAGAAAAAGUCAUAGAAUAGAAAGAGAGUUUGUGUCGGUGUGUUUCACAGACUGCCAUUCAGGUGGGAUACUGUCGGACCGCUGACCCCACUUUCACCCCCCCCCCGUUUGUUUAACGGCAGUGGCGGUGGACCGGAGCCUGGACACGGAGCCAGGAACAGGAACCGCAGAGCGACGUACCAAAGCCGGGGAGCGGAUAGGGGACCAUGGGCUCCGCUUCGUCCUCCUAUCGGGUCAUCUACCUGGAAGUGGACGGCAGGAUUCAGAAGGUGGUGUUUAGUAGAUUCUGCAGCCCCUGUGACAUAAAGGAGCUCUUCUGUACAGCCCUAGGUGUGCCAAGGAACACAAAUCUUUCUCUGUUGGAUUCGUCCGGAGCCAUGGUAUCCAUCGACCCCACCAUGCCACACAACACAGAGAGGUCACCGUACCGAGUGGUGCCUAUGACUGGAGGACAGCUUGCUGAUAAAGAGGAACUCUUUCAGAAUGUGCUGACGCAAGUAGCAGAGCAGUUUUCAAGGGCGUUCAAGAUCAAUGAGCUGAAGACCGAGGUCACAAACCGUCUUGCCAUGUUGGAGAAGAGAGUAGAGCUGGAGGGGAUGAAGGUGGUGGAGAUUGAGAAAUGUCGCAACGACAUCAAGAAACUCCGUGAGGAGAUGGCAUCCAGAAACAACAGUAACUUCCUGGAAGACAAUAAGAAGCUGACUCCUCGCAGAGACGUACCCUCCUACCCAAAGUACCACCUGUCUAAGGAGACAGUAGCAGCUCUAAGAUUGCCUUCAUUCGAUGCUUGGCAGUGGGAACCCAAUGAGAUGCUGAGCUGUCUGGAACAUAUGUACCAUGACCUGGGCUUGGUCAAAGACUUCAACAUCAACCCCAUUACACUCAAGAGAUGGCUGCUUUGUAUUCAUGACAACUACAAGAAUAACCCCUUCCACAACUUCCGCCACUGUUUCUGUGUCACCCAGAUGAUGUACAGCAUGAUCUGCCUCUGCAGCCUACAGGAGAAGUUCACUCAGGUCGACAUUUUGAUUCUCAUGACAGCUGCUGUGUGUCAUGAUCUUGAUCACCCCGGAUUCAACAACACGUACCAAAUUAACGCCAGAACAGAGCUAGCGGUUCGCUACAACGACAUCUCUCCUCUGGAGAACCACCACUGUGCUGUUGCCUUCCAGAUCUUCUCUCAGCCCGACUGCAACAUCUUCUCCAACUUUGACCCAGAGGCCUUUAAACAGAUAAGACAGGGAGCCAUCACACUGAUCCUGGCCACAGACAUGGCAAGACACGGUGAGAUCCUGGACUCCUUCAAGCAAAAAGUCGACAAUUUUGACUACACAGAUGAGGAGCACGUCACCUGUCUGAAGAUGGUGCUUAUCAAAUGCUGCGACAUCUCCAACGAGGUGCGGCCCAUGGAGGUGGCUGAGCCCUGGGUUGACUGCCUACUGGAGGAGUACUUCAUGCAGAGUGACAGGGAGAAGGCUGAGGGGCUUCCUGUGGCUCCGUUCAUGGAUAGAGAAAAGGUCACCAAGCCGACUGCUCAGAUCGGCUUCAUUAAGUUCGUCCUCAUCCCCAUGUUUGAGACUGUGAUGAAGCUGUUCCCACAGAUUGAGGAGGCGAUGGUGCAGCCACUCAGAGAAUCAAGGGAUCGAUAUGAAGAACUCAAGCAGAUUGAUGAUGCCAUGAAUGAGGUGCAGAAAAAGAAAAGUGAGAACUUGACCAUGGGAGGGAAGAAGAAGUAAACAUUUUUGAAAAGCACCAGUGAGGGUAGAGCACGAGAGUGAAGCAGUGUGACGUACAAUAAACUGGAGUUGUCAAACACGUUGUUCAGUUACGGGCUUUCCAUCACACUGUCCUCUCCUCUUCGACUGUUGAAGAGCAGAGGACCAGCAGGAUUUGUAAUCAGGAAAAAUCAAGAAGAUUUCCAGUCUGUCACGGAACAGUGAUGGGAGUGGGUCUGAGAGCUCUGAGACAGCAUUACAAACUACUGAUGGACUCAAGGACAACAUGGACAAUCCAAAGCUUUUUUCAGGAAAUGUCAACAUUUGUACAGCACAGACUACUUCAGUGAACAAUAUUUAGAUAGGCAUCUUGCAUGGUUUUUUAUUUGAAAUGUGUUGUUUUUUACAAUUUGUACAGAUAUUUAGUGACCCUUGUACUUUCCUACAAAAAAUAAAAGGAUUACUUUAAUUGCAAAAUCUA